CCUCACACUCCCUUCUCUAAAGUCCUGGGAUCCAAAUGGUUAUCAGAACUUCUUCUUCUUCACCUGCUGCUUCUGCGUCUGCUGUUUUAUCAUCUUCUUCUUCUUCUUCAACAAUUGCUCCAAAAGGUAAUCUUUCUUCUUUAUUCACAUACUCACAUGAACCCACAACUUCAAAUUUCACAUCAUCACCAAAAAAUUCAUUUUUCCUCUCCUCUUUGUUCACCAACCAACAUAGUCGUAGACCCACUUCCUCAAAUCCCAAAAUUUUACCAAAAAACUCACUUCCCAAUGUUCCAUUCCAAACCCCACUUGAAAAUUUCUUGAAAAUAAGUUGUGUGUCAGGUUAUGUCAAUCUCAAUGAAGCAUUGCACUGCUUUGAUCACAUGCUGUCUUUGCAACCAACACCACCAAUGUCAUCAUUCAAUUAUUUACUCGGUGCACUUUCUAAGAAUAAGCAUUAUUCUAGUGUGAUUUCACUUUGCCAAAGAAUGAAUUUAACUGGGUUGUUGCCUGACUUUAUUACUUUAAACAUUUUACUGAAUUGCUUUUGUAAUUUGAAUCGAGUUUGUGAUGGUUUUGUGGUCCUGGGGAGUAUUUUGAGGAGAGGUUGUAGUCCCAAUACUGUGACUUAUACGUCUUUGAUUAAGGGGUUAUGUAAGGAGGAUAGGAUUGGUGAUGCAGUUGGUUUGUUUAAGAAAAUGGUCAAGGUGGGUUGUAUGCCUAACGUGAUUACAUAUGGGACUUUGAUUAAUGGGUUGUGUCGAACGGGGAACACUGGUGUUGCGCUUAAGUUACAUGUUGAAAUGCUAAACGGUCAAUUUGGUGCCAAUUGUAAGCCUAAUGUAGUUUGUUAUGGUACCAUUAUUGAUGGGCUUUGUAAGGAUGGGUUGGUAGAUAAUGCAAAAGCACUUUUCUUGGAAAUGAAGGGUGGGGGAAUAUUUCCAGACGUGGUCAUUUAUAGCUCUCUAAUACACGGUUUUUGUUAUGGAGGUAAAUGGGAGGAGGCUAAAGGUUUGUUUAAUGAAAUGGUGGAUCAAGGUGUCCAACCUAACUUGGUGACAUUCAAUGUGUUGAUAGAUGUUCUUUGCAAGGAGGGUAAGAUGAAGGAAGCAAAUGGAUUAUUAGAAUUGAUGGUUCAAAGAGGUGAGGUUCCUGACAUGUUUACUUAUAACACAUUGAUGGAUGGGUUCUGUUUGGUAGGUAGACUUGAUGAGGCAAAGGAGCUUUUUGAUUCUAUGGCAAGCAAAGGAUGUGAACCUAAUGCUGUAAGUUACAAUGUGUUGAUGAAUGGAUAUUGCAAGAAUUGGAAGAUUGAGGAAGCUAUGAAUUAUUAUAAGAGAAUGAUUCACAAGGGAGUUAGGCCAACAGUUAUAACGUAUAACACCUUAUUAACAGGUCUUUUUCAGGCAGGUAAGGUCAAGGAUGCACAUAAGCUGUUCGGUGAAAUGCAAUUUAAUCAUUUGGUACCAAAUUCAAGUACAUAUAAUAUACUCCUCGAUGGGCUUUGCAAGAAUGAGUGCCUUCCAGAAGCAAUGGAUUUAUUUAAUACUUUAGAAAAUACGAAGUUUGAGCCUAGCAUUGAAAUUUUCAACUCUCUCAUUGAUGGGUUGUGUAAAGCAAAGAAACUUGAACUUGCUUGGCAGAUAUUUCACAGAUUAUCCUAUAGAGGCCUAGUGCCAACUGUUGUAACAUACUCCAUCUUGAUUCAUGGGCUUUGUAAUAAAAGAGAUUUGGAAAAGGCAAAUGAUUUGUUUCAAGAAAUGGAAGAAAGGGGUUGUGCUCCAAAUGUGGUCACAUAUAAUACGCUUAUGCGUGGUUUCUUCCUGAAUAAUGAGUUGCCAAAAGUAGUUGAACUUCUCCACAAGAUGGUGGAGAAAAAUGUGUCACCAGAUGCCUCCACAGCCUCCAUAGUAGUAGACGUACUUUCUAAGGAUGAAAAAUAUCGAAAAUGUCUGAAUUGGCUUCCAACAUUUCCUCCCCAGAAGCCUGAGGAGAGAUGAGUAAUGAAUGUUGACACUAGUGUGAGUUUCACAAAACAAACCUAACUUCAAAGUUCUAAGGAAAAGGUUUAACCCUUAAAUAACAAGUUACAAAAUGUGAAGGCCCUCUGCUGCCAUUGUCCAAAUGUCCAGUUUUGACUGAAUGGGUAAAAAGUUUCAAUGGUUUGGUCAUUCUAGGCUAUGAGUUACUUGAGAAUUGUAUUAGAGAUAUGAAUUUUAUUCAUCCAAAAUUCUAAAUUUGUUGUGAUAACUACCCAUAUACAAAAAUUGCAGGAUAUUUAUGCAAGAAUCCCUUGCUAGAAUACCUUUCCUAGCUUACUUUUCUGUUGUUAUCUCUAUUUGGUCUGUAUUUCUUUUUGUGAUAAGUAGUAUUAUUUUUUUGUUAGCCAUGCUAAUGUGUAGACCCAUCUGAUUACGCUUGCAAACCCAUUAAAGGGUUCUGUUUGAUGGUUUGAGCAUCUGGCUGGUGGGUAAAAUGUCUAAAAUUAUAAGGUAUUAUUGCCCAUUCUGUUUGCCAUAAGCAUUCUUAUAUGCUCCAUUUUCAAGCUACUCACUCAAUUCCAUGCAUAUAGUUUGAGUUCUACAGAUGUGCUUUAUGCCUCUAUAAUCUCCUACUCUAUACCAAAUGUGUUUUAAAGACAUGGCGUGGAUUGGCAUGCCUCAGUGUUGUUGUAGAUGCGGUGACUGAGUCACUUCUCUUGCCUUGGCUUCUAGAGUGAUUGCUUAAGGUAAAGACAUGGUGUGGAUUAGCAGCGUGGCAGUAUUUACUGUGUUUUUAGGUUGAGACAGGUGAGACUCAAUCAAGAAAUCACAACCUGAAUGACGUUUAAUUGGGGAGCACAUAAGCUGGUCUUUCAUUAUUGCAUCUUUCCAAGAAUUACAGCACAACUUUUAGGGUCUUUAAUUGAAAGAAGGAAAAUACAUGAAAAGUGGAUCUUGCUUGCUCACUCCCAAGUGCAAGGGAUCGUAGCAAUAUAAUUCUCGGAGUACCGAGGUCGAACCACAAGGAGCGGGGUAAAUUCAAAGACAAUGUAAUUAAAAAACCUUUUGGUGAAGAUGAAGAAUAAUUUUUGUCUGGUAAUUGUAAACAAGAAUAACAAUGAUAACUUAUUUAAAUCAAUAAUGUAAAUACUAGGGCAUCAGGGUGUUUCUCUAUAUCGAUAUGAAAUUUUUUAUGAUCUAAGAAAA